UAGGAAACAAGCGCUCUCUUACUGAUUCACUUCCAUCAACAAACUUUUUUUUUUUUUCUUUUUCUUUUGGAGAGAGAAGACUUCCAUCUAAAAGAGGGAAAGAUAAGGAAACAAGAAAAAAAAAAUAAAAUAAAGGAAGUUGUUUCUAACCCUAACCCUCAAUAACAAUUUUUACAUCUCUCUACAUUCAUCAAUUGCACUUCUCUAUCCAAUAAAUCGACAAUUCACCCGCACAGUAUUACUUUUUACGAAUUAUUCCGGGCGAAUUUAUCUUUUUUUCAACGAGACCAGAAACUUGGAUCAUCCAAAAAUUUGAAGGGCCUUCACAUGAGGAUUUAGGAGAGGAGAGAUGCAGAGAAAGAAAAAGAGAGACCCAUGUGAUGAGGAGAGAGAUAGAGAGAGUGAAUACCAAAUAAAGUAACGUUUCAUUUAUUUGAAAUGGUUUAAAAUGUUGUUUGGGUACAGCAGGACUCUGGAGAUAUGAGAUCGGGUUAUAUACACUUCUCUAACAGAAACAGAGUGGCAAAUGGAAAAGCUCCAUCUUUGGUUGAUUUAUGUGUUCAGACUGCAAUUGAUAACAUUAGGUACAUCGGUAAUGUUGGUCCAACAGAUUCACAUCUUCUUGAGCGCAUUUUACCCCAUUGUACAGUGGAGCAAUUGAUGCAUAUUGAAAAUGUUACAGCUGAGAGGGAUCUAAGUCCAGUUACUGAUAAACUAUGGAAGAAAUUUUAUGAGGCAAAAUUUGGUGUUAAGAGUGUUGAGGUGGUAGUGGAGAGGAUGGGAAAAUUCAAGGUGAAAUAUAAUUGGAGACAGUUGUAUCAGGCAAAAUUGAAGGAUCAGGAUGAGGCCCAAAAACAAUCACUAGAGCGACUAGCACAGUCAUUUAAAAAUGAAAAUGCUCGAAAGCAAAGCCGUCAAAUCCAGAUCUGUGGAAAGGUUCCACCCUCAUCGAAGCGACGAAGUUUUGGAGCAUUUGGAGAGUCAAGCACCUUUUCCAAUGUGAAGAGCAGCAUAAUGAAGAAGGCAAAAGUGGAACAUUUUAACAGUGCUGAGGUGAAAAACCGGGCAGCUGUACGGAAAAUAGCUGUACAGCAACAGCGAAGUAACAGUGCCCCUAGGCCUCAAAAUGCUCGAGGGAAGGGCAUUGCUUCAUAUUCAAAAGUAACCAAGUAAGCUGAUUAAUGGGGGAAAUAAUUAUUUUACAAGUGAUACCUUCCCGCCUCUGCUUGACAUAAUAUAGGAGUUUGGGCUGAACGAGUUUCCUGCAUUACAAGCAUUCCCGAAUCCCGAUCGAGGGUAUCUUAUUCUACUUCCUGCACUGCCUAAUCUAUGUGAGCCCCAUCAUGUGUCAUAUUAUAGAUUUUCAUGCGCUUUUUUCUGUAUAUCCACAUUGUAAACUGCACUCUGCACAUCUGUUUUAUGUACGAGUACGGCAUAUUGAACUGGACCAUGCAGUCCUAUCUUAAUGAUGAAAUUAUUGUUCCAGCAUCUGAACUCCAGCUGCUUAUGGUUGAUAUUA